CCCACUUUCAAACCAAAGUUUUGUUUCCAAGUUGUGAUAAACAGAACCAUGGGAAAUUGCUUGGUUAUGCAGGAAAAUAUAACAAAGAUUAUGAAACCUGAUGGGAAAAUCCUGGAGUACAGAGCAGACAUGAAAGUUUACCAGGUUUUGUCAGAAUUUUCUGGCCAUGCAAUAUCUGAGACGGCUCCGGUCUACCAGCAUCUCCGGCCAGACACCAAACUGCUUGGUGGUCGUCUCUACUAUCUUGUACCUCUUCCGUUGCCACCGAAAAAGGCUUCCCAGAAGAAGGUAAGGUUUGCGAAUCCUGAAGUCGAAGCUGAACAAGAAACUAAAGUUGUAAGGAUCAAGAUAGUUAUAAGUAAGCAAGAAUUGCAGGAGAUGUUGAGAAAGGGAGGAGUUUCAGUCGAUGACUUGGUUUCUCAGCUUCAAAGUGACAGAAGCAUAGAUAAGACUAACAGCUUCAAUGAUGAUGGUAACUGUGAAGGGUGGAAACCUGUUCUAGAAAGCAUACCUGAAGUAAACUAGCAAUAGCAAGAGGAUCCUUAUUAUGUAAAAUUGUAUGCUAAUUUAGUAAUCUCUCCUAUCAAACAAAAGGAAAAGCAAAAAACAGUUUUCUGUAGUCUAACAUACAUAUAGGUGAACAAAGUCCAUGAAAGACAUUGGAAAAUACCGUUUAGCUUUUUUUUUCUUUCUUAUCACAUACAAAUGCUUCAAAAUA